UUUGUUAAGAAUAUAAAUCAAUAGAUUCUGUCUUGGAGAUGGAAUUCUUUCAUCCUCCCUUGGCUUCCUGCUGUUCUCGACAUCCUUUCACUCUCCGUGAUACCAACACCUCUCUGAAACUUCUUCCUUAGGGUGCAUCGAUCUCGCUUACUCGGAGGCAAUUGGAUGCGUUAGCUUGCUUUGUUUGGAGACGAUCAUUAAUUCCAAGAAACCAAGGCUUAGACCCGAAAGAUGACAAAAUCCACUAGAAAAACACACAAGAACAAAGGAGGAUAUGCUCGUAGUGAGUAAUCCAAAGCUGCAGGCGGACACCGCAACAACAACAACAACACUUUUGUCCAUUUCUCCAUCCUCUGCCACCGGUUACUAGUAUAUGCAGCGGCGCGUGCAUCUUCAUGGUUUUCAUCAGUCUGAUCCACGACGAGAUGAGGAACCUGAAGCUGCUUAGCACCGGAAAGCACAAGGUAAGAGUUUCAACUCAAACGAAGAUAUACGUCUCACAAGACACCACAAGCACAAGCUUAUCACAUUCCCUAAGGGAGGUGGAUUACAAGCAGAGACCUCCAGGUACAGCCAACACCAGCAAAACAGUGCCGGAAAACCUGGUGUUGAAGUCCGGGCUCGGAGAACACCAAUCGUUAUAUCCAAAUGAACAGUCUAAUUUUGAGAAGGAUCAAUUAGCUAAAAUCUCUGAUGUUGAGACAGAGCUCACAAGAGCUUCCAGUGAUGCUGAAAGGAAUAGUAGACCUUCUACUUCUUCUUCGGCUCAGUCUGCUGCUGCAUUCUUUGGAAACAUCUCACUAAGAAAUGAUUCUUCCAUCUUGGAAGCGUGUGAAAGUAUUGAUAGAUUAAACCAAUACCUGAGGCAAAGGAAGGCUGAUGUCGAAGCCGGUGUCCCAGGACAAUUCUUGCAUGCUGUGAUUGGACAAGCAGUUGCCGAUGUUGGAUCGGUUGUUUCUACGAUCGCUUGUGCUUUUUUCUUGAAUGAGACUCAAACAAGUAGCCAACACUGCGUGUUGCCGGUCAUCAACACCAAGCGUGCAGAUUUUAUGGCUCACUCAGAGCUCAAAUGGUUGCUUAAUUCAUGUCGAGUUGAUGAAUCAUCCAUAGUUUUUGUUGAUGAGAUUGACCUUUCAUAUCACAAUCGGUUUGGAAAUCUGAAGCUAGUACUGGUGAAUGACCACAAGCUUCCACCCAACAAGGAGGGGCUGAAAGAUGUACCGAUCGAAAUGUUCAACUGCAAAGAGGUUUGCUCUGAAAGUGCUUCUCUUGAAGAUGUCACCAUGAGUCAGGAUUGUUCAUGUUGUACUCUCAUUGCUGAGAAGUACGCAGAGACAUCACCGGAAAUCCUAGCAGGGCAGGGAUUUAGCAGAUUGCUGCUAUCAGGAAUCCUUUUAGACACAAAAAAUCUGACUGGUGCCGACUGCACUGCAAAAGAUAAGUACAUGGCAACACUCUUGAUCAAAGGAGCCGGUCGGUUUGGAUGCAGUGGACUUUACCAGCUCUUGAAGUACAAAAUAUCAGAUAUAUCGGAACUUCAGGUUAGAGAUAUCCUCCGUAGGGAUUUCAAGAAAUGGAGUACAUAUUCAGGUAUGAUCACCAUCGGUCCUAAUUUCUAAACAUCAGCUUGAUCUAGGAAGAAUACUAUCUAGAGUAGACUAAAACAUCAGCUU